AGUAUAAGUUCUGACGUCGCGACGCCCCCGUAGUUAUCGAUUCGGAAUAAUCGACGCUCCAGCGUGAACUUUCGACGAAGGUGAAAGUCAUCUCGCCUUGUUCCUAUUUUAUUUGUCUCUGUUAGUAUUCUUCUUUCGCACGUGUUUCGAUUACUUUUUUGUGACUGGUGUUAGUUGCUGUGUUUGGGCAAUUCCGACAUUUCUUAGCUUUUCAACGAUGCCGUUUAGUUAAUGCUUCAAGCCAUUAGCGAUCUCUAAUUCUGCAUAAUGGAAAAAACCAAAUGGCACGACCGUCUCUUCGGUAAAAAGCUAAUAAAAUGCGACUCUGUGAACACCAACUCUAACUCCAACAACUUCGAGCUUAUCUCUACCAGCGAAGCUCUCCAAAAUGUAAAUAUUACGGGCGUUUAUUUUUCUUUCGCUAAUAUUAAUCUUCAAAGUGACGAGUUUAUCAACAAACUGAAAGAUCUCCACGAAAGGCUAAAAAGUGUUAGUUGCAAUGAUGAGAAAAAAUUUGAAGUUAUACAGGUUGUGAUGUGGUCACAUAACGAUAAUUACGGCGAUAUCGAAAGUAGCCACCGGGAGAGCUUGAUGGGAUUACCAUGGUUUGCCAUGCCUUUUAGUGAGAUCGAUUUGAAGACAAGGCUAUCCAGACGUUAUAGAAUAAAAUCUGGUGUUCCGACUCUAGUUUUACUUGGUAGAGAUGGUAGUACAGUGAGUGUAUCGGCACAAGAAAAACUUCUAGAAGAUCCUUACGGUAUAAACUUUCCUUGGAGACCUAGACCAGUGGAUCAGGUUCUAAAAGAUGUAGUGUUGCAGCCUGGAGGUACGUUUUAUUCUGAACAUAAAAAUUUCACGAAAGAAGAUAUUCGGUUCGAAGAUUUGCCUGAAGGAAUCAAGGGAUUCUAUUUCUCGGCAAAUUGGUGUCCACCUUGCAGAGCGUUUACUCCACAACUAGCAGAAAUAUAUACGCUUAUAAGAAAGAAAGAACCCAACUUUGAAAUAAUUUUUGUUAGCAGUGAUCGGAGUGCCGAGUCUUAUCGAGCAUAUGUCGAAACAAUGCCAUGGAUUUCAGUACCGUUUCAGCAAACAGCAGUGCGAGCGGAAUUAGCACAACUAUAUGGAAUCAGAGGAAUUCCAACGUUGUUACUAUUAGACAGUAAUGGUCAUAUAAUCACCAUGGAUGCUAGAACAGAAGUGGCGGAAGAUCCUUCAGCACAGUAUUUUCCUUGGAAGCCCAGACCUGUCAAUAUACUAACUGAACGGUAUUUAACAAAAUUAUAUGAUUUUCCUGCAAUAGUACUUUUUGUUGAUGGCGAAGAUACAGAAGUACAAUUCGCCGAAUCAGUUUUGUCUCCAGCAGCUGAGAACUACUACAAAAUGAAUAACAUCAACUUCAAUUCAGUCCAAGAAGACUUUUUCCUAAGUCUUGAAGAAGAUCCUUGCGUUCAAUUUUUAAUUGGAGUUGAUAGUGAAUCUUCGGAUAUUUUGAGAGACAUUGUAGGUUUAGAUGACGUUUUUCCUCUUUUAGUAGCUAUUGAUUUACCCAAAAAAAAGGUGGCCGUAAUGGAAUACGGAAUAGAAAUUAAUAAUGAAAGUGUUGAAAAUUUUGUUAAAAAUAUGUUGAGGAAUGAACUACCAUUUGUUGAUAUUAUUGAAGAUAAAAUGGAAGCUGGAAUCGAGAAAGCGCUAAAUGCCGUAUGAAAUAGUUGAAUAAUAAGUUGUGAUUAGAUGACUUGCAGUUUUCAUAAAUAUACUAGUUUAUGGUUUAUGUGACUUAGUGACUAAGAACAAGCUCCAUCGUUUUCUAUUCCGAGUAGAGUAGUUCUUCUUUAGAGUAUAAUACAAGUCUAAAGGUCAUUAUCUUAUAAUAGGACCUCUGAUAUAACAAUACAGAAAUUACGACUUAAGUUUUGAAAUCACUUACUGAUUAUGAACUACGGUUUCAGAAAGGCCUUACAGUUGACGGAUAAUGCUGUGUAGUGGUGGAGAUGUUGUAUCAUCUCGUUAAAAAUCUUUUAAAUUGACUGAGGUGAUACGCCAUUGAAAAGUAACGAUCUAACGAAACUAUAUAUUUAUAGAAACUCAUAAAUAGUUCUCAAUCUACUCAAUAUUUUGCCUCAUUAUUUGUUGUUCAGCUCAACACCUCUGUUUUUCAUUAUUUCAAUACCGAUUUAUGGUUCUAGUAAUUUUAUUUACAGAGUUAGUGAAAUGCGUGAAUACAUUUUAAUAUCUCACAAAUAUGAAAAAAGACUCAUGAUAUUCUCAUCAUGUUUGUUUUAAGAGUAUUUUUAUGUACUCGUAUAAAAAGAUACUUAAAUGGAACACGCUUUAUAUUAUAACACCUCUAAAUAAAUUUUGUUAUAGUCUAAAUUCCAUGGCAAUUCAGAGCAAUGGUUACGAAGAUCUAAUGAAAGGCAAACAUGAAGAAUUAUUUUAGUCACGUGGGUUUGCUUUGCAAAGUGAAAUACACGGAAUGGUAGCAAGAAGUGCAAAGACUAAGCCUCAUUUUAUCAUAUCGAUGUUAUAACUUUAAUUCUUGUAUCUAAUAACAAUAAACAUCAAUUAAUAAAAAAUCCAAAAGAAUGUUUGCGAAAUAAUUAUUACUGUUUUGGGAAUUCCAAUGAUAAUAGUAAAAUAAAAAUGUUUUUUAGACGACGCUAUCUGAAAGUUGUUCGUUCAGUAUUCAUUUACAUACCGAAAGUUGCGUUUUGAGUAUUCCAUGUAGUGAAAGUGACAGUUCCGUACUGCAAAACACUUUCGGGACGCUCCGGAAUAGACAACUUUAACUUCUUUAAAUAUGACUCUAGCCACUUCAAUGUUGACAGUUUCACUUCGAUGAUUUUGCAUAACCUUCUUCCACCACAAAUAUGAAUCAAUCAACAAAUUCCAUCGAAAACCAAACACAUCUACAGAGAUUCCAUCAAUAUCUAGUAGAGAUAUACAUAUUCCAUUCAAUCCAAUAAAUAUUAAUAAUUGUCCUGGAGGUACAAUCAACAUUUCUUGUUGCAAAUAAUUAAUAAAUUAAUAUUGACAUUGCAAAUAUCAUCAAGUACAUUAUAUUGUUCAAUAAAUAAAAUGUUCAUAAUUCUUUAUUAUUUAUUUUCUUUCCUCAGUAUCAAUGAAAAAGUUUUGGAUCUUAUGCGUCGUCUAAAAAAUGUUGUGUACGCCGCGGCUAAAAUACUACUUUGCUGGACUCAUCUGCUGCUCGCCUCGCAUCGCUCGUCUUGCAAUUUUCAGAUUCGUCCAACAAAGUAGCACUUUCAGUCCUUGGCAUACAAAUAACUAUUAUCGCUAAACUUUUCAUUACCUCUUCGCGUAUUUCAUUAUCCGUAGCUACAUUGUAAUACGUGUGAAAUGAAUUUAGACAUUAAGAGAAUCUUCUUCUUCUUCUUCUUCAUCGUACGUUAAGACUUAGUGUUUACAUCAAUGGUUGCUUAGCUGUAGCUGGGAUGAUGAAGACCAGCUUUCAUACCAUCUUGUUGGUGGUCGUCCUGGUGGUUGGGAUCUAUUCGGUUUUUCUUCCUUUGCAAUCUUUGUCAACCGAUCAUGACAUUCUGUCAUCGUCUCUUCAUUUCCUUCUCCGAUUUCUCGUCCAUCUCACUACAUCCUGGAUGUCACAUAUAUCCCUUAUUUCGUCAUUUCUCUUGUGGCCAAACAAUGUGUGUUCCGCUAUAGAUCUAAGUUUUCGCAUUUUAGUAGUUCUUAAAAGCGUCUACGUUCUGAAUACCAUCCUAUUUCCUGAAUUUCUCUGAAAAAUGCUCAUAAAGUAAUUCUGUUGAAAUCUUGUUCAUAUUCUUUUGCGCCCUUUUAUACUAACCCUGUAUAUAAAAAAUUGCUUUCCUCAGUUGGAAACAUGACCGGUUAAAAGUUCAACAUGCUUCCAAAUGUUACACAUCAAUGAGAUUUUUCCAUUCGUGAUUCAUUCGGUUUGUUGAAUAGAAAAGAUUGAACUUUGAAAGAAAAGGUUACUCUACUGUAAAAAAGUAUUUAAUUAACAAGACAAUUCUUUAACACAGUAUAAAAAUCAUCUUUCCACAAAACACACGUUUAUCUCUUAAGAUAUAAUACUCCAUUAAUGGGCGCUAGUCUUAAUGUCGAGGAUAGUGGACAGGUAACACAAUAACAAAGUUCAAUAACCUAAACUUGAACUUACUAUAAAAUAUCAACAAAACUAUUUGCACAAAACAUAGACUCGAUACAAAAUGAAUUUCUCCACGAUUCCAAACGCCUCGUCUGGGUUCAUGUGAGUAUGGAUUAAAAUUCAGGUAGAAGGUUUUUGGUUUUUUUCAAAGCUAGGUAUAUUGGGGAGGAAUAAUUUAAUUGUAGGCUAUUUGGACAUUAAUAAGGUUACAUGGAAUUUCCUGGGUCAGGUAUCUGUCAAUCAUGUAAGGGUGUAUUAUCGUUAUAUCGAGGGAAUUUGUUGGGAUAAAUGUCUGCCUGUAUUGAAUAUUUUUAAAUACAAGGUCAAUUGGCAUGUUCACUACACAUUUAUAUGGAAUCGCUUUCCACCAAAGAAUUUCGGAAAAUGAAAUAAACGGUUAGAGCCAGAUUAGGAGAAUAUAGCGGUUUUAAGUAAGGUAAUGUUUUAACUACAUAGAAUAUAACGUAACUUCUAAAGUGUCACAGGGCUUAGCUAUUAGACCGUUAUUAUUUUUGAUAUAUACAAAUGAAAUUGUCUUGAGUUUACAUUACAAAUUAUUCCUUAUGCAGAUGAUCUGAAGCUAUAUCAUUCGAUAAGGAACAUUGGUAAUUACGUCAAUCUGAUUUAGAUACAAUUUGUUAGUGGUAUAUCAUUUCUAAUACUGUGCUUGAAAGGUCUGCACCAUUCAAACAUCUUGUUGUUACCUUAGUAAAUUAAAUGUUGUUCAUAUCAAUACUAUCUUUGGUGGUGCAUUUAGAAACCUAUGGUUUCGUACUGAGAAACUAUAAGCAGUUUAUAGAAGUUAAAACUGUAUAUUCACAUUUUAAUGCAUUCGUUCUUCUGAAACUAGAAUGAGGUUUAUCAAAUUCAUAUCAGCAAAAUAUAUAAUAUUAAGUAGUAAUUUUAUAACAGAUUUCGAAAGCUACUUGUUGCUUGGAAACAGACAGACGCCGUGGGCGGAUUUUCAGUGACGAUCUAUUCUUAUGAAUAAUCUGUUGUUUUAAUAUUUGGGCCCCUUUUUGACAUCAAUUUUUCAAAUAAUCUGACAGGAGAAACGUUGCUGUCGUUGUUUUCUAUUCAAAAUUUGCUUUCAGUAUACAUUCUUGAUCCACCUUGGCAAGUCUUGCUGAACACAGGAUUAUAUUCAACUCGAUUUGUUACAGAAGCUAAUUCUACAGCGGGUAUCUGAUAGAAUUUCCGUUGCAGCCGUUCAUUUCAUAACUUUAUUAUUUUCUACGUCGAACUUGAUGCUCGAACUUUUCACAGUUUUCUUCGUACAGAAUCGCGAGCGGUUCGCGUUUUUGAAUGUCAAUAAUUCAUUUCCUUAUAAUAUUUUCCUUGUAACAGCUCUCUUGUUAGGUUCCAUAUGGUUUUGAUCGUAGUUUAUUUAAACUCUGUUCUAUCUUUUCUUCUUAUGUUCACAGUCCAAUUUUCCGUGGUCCGAUUUCCAUUUAAUCCAUACUUUCUAUCAUUGCAAAAGUCCAUAAAUGCUUUCCAUCCAAAUUUCUUACCAUAAACUUUAUGUUUGAUUCUAUACUUUUAAUAAUGUUAUUGCCAGUAUUUUAACCAAAUCGUGACAUUUUGAAAAUUAAAUAUUUGUAACGUCAAAAUCAAAAUAAAACAAUAUGUCCCAUGGGACCUGUUUUCAGUAUAAUGUUGUAAUGAUUGGUUUUUUUCAAUCAUAUGACUUCAAAUUAAUUGGUUUCAAUGGAUUUCACUGGAAGAAAAUAUUUUCAUUAAUAGUAUCCUGAAUAUAGGGUUCUAAUCUGACAAUAUUCACCCACCAUAAAGAAAACCUAGAAAUACACUGUUAGAACGCUUUAAACUAAACGAUCUAGAGACUAGACAAAUGUUCUCUCACUUUGAUAUUCCUCCAUAAAAUCAUUACGAAUAUAAUCGACUGUCGAGGAUUGCUAGGUCUUCUAAGAAUUUAUAUCUCUAAGUUUGCCAUUCGCUCCCACUCUUUAUUCUACUUUCCAGUUGCUAAAACUAAAUUUCUUUCUUUCGUACAAUCUCGUAUAGAAUUAAUUAAUAUCAUUGUUAUUUGCAAAAACUUUGGAUAUUUUCGAAACACAAAAAGAUAAUUGUUACUGUUUUAUAAUUUUCGGAUUAUUCUAAUGAUCAUGGAAUUAUAUACAACUGCUUACUUUUUCUAAAUCUUUCUAUAUACUAUAUUUUUAACAUUCGGUCUAAAUGUACCAUUGUUUAUAAGUAUCAUUCCACUUUAAUGUUCAACUCUUAUAUAUGUUUUUUCCACCUGUCUCUUGUCACUUGUGCUGUGAGAUGGUGUAAAUAGAUGAAUAAAUAAAUAAAUAAAGACGCAACAAAUCUUGACGCUGUUCGGCAGGCGUAUUGUUGUGAAGGAAUAAAACUUACUUUUUCAACAAAUGCUGGCUAUUAAAUUGUCACACAAAAUCGGUCUAUUAUUGGUACGAUGUACGAGCACGUUCCUCGGAUAAAGUCCAUUGUUAGAGCGCUUGGAGACGUCCGUUUUUUUCACCGGACAAUGGACCGUGUUUUUUGCCGGAUUCGCGGUGGUGUAUAAUUUAUAAUGGACGUGUGUGCGUUCAUUGGACAUCGGUCCGACGAACAAUUUACGCCGGAUCCACCACCGCUUCCCUUCGACGCGACAGACACCGUUCCAGUGUAAGAAAAUGCGGUCAUCCACGCCAGUGUAUCGGUGUUUGUUGACGCUGCCGGACGUAUUGUCUGUUUUGUAUUAUUUUAUUAUAUAUGGCUGUUAUAAAAGUUGAAAGGCUUGUUUUUUCAUUCGUAACAUCUAUCUGGUAAAAAAAUAUAUGUAUAAAAAGAUAGCCCUUUAUUGACGGUUCGUUCUCCGGUGAAAAAACGGACGUCUACAAACGCUCUUAGACUUAUAGUUUUGUUCUCGGAAUGCUACCCCCAAGUUAAAUCUAAUUUAAUAUAUCGAUGAAAAAAUUCACCAGCUACACUAGCUCUCUCACCCACUUUAUUUUUCGACGAAAAUUAGGUUCGGGAGCAGUAAUAGUCCGAGAGCGGUCAAUGCUGCCGUAUGCAAUUAUAGGGCGUACACCAUAGUUGUAUUCUUAUGUAUUUUGAGCCGCCGAAUCCAAAUAUACCCGGCGUUUUUGCAAAAAACUGGUACGUUUUGUUUGAAUCGCAACUGCUCAAAUAAAUUAUGAAUAAAUGGUUUUUUCGGUUCGGAGCAAAUAUGGCCAAUUUUAAGAAGAUACUUGUCAUUUCUCCGUAUAAAGCAUAUUUAAAAAUUUAUAAAUUCAAAAGUCAAAAAAUCGAUGAUUUUUACUAACUUUCGAUGUUAAUAACUUUUGACCAACUAAACAUUUUGUAAAAUUGAAAAAUCGUACUUGUUCUUUGAACCUUACUCUACAAAUUUGUAUACUUCGAUAUUAGUGCAGGUUCGGAGUUAUCACACACUUAUCACGAUUGACAAUUAAAACACCACGCACCAAACGCACUCAAAUCAUGGAAAAUCAUAUGUUUUUCAAAAUGUUUUUGAAUAAUUUAUUUUAUUGAAUAAAUUUUUAAUGUACAUUAUACGUACAUACUGUUGUCCAAUGCUUCAGUAUUGUUUAAUUUAUCUUUACACGUUAUUUUUAUUUUUAUUAUAUAACAAGAACAUAAUGAAUAACAUUUAAUGCCAGCUUUGACGUAACAGCAAGAUUCUUCGGAAAUGGAAGCUUUACAUCGACAACUUGGUACUCUCUUUGGAAUUAAUAAAUCCUGUUGAACUUAGUAUCCGUACAAAAGUGGAUCCAACUUUGAUAUGCUGUUAUUUAUCGAUAUGUUACGUAGAAAGCUCUAACUUGAUAGUUGCUGAAGUAAGAGGUCAUCCAGUGACAUCACAUUUUUUGUCGUGAUAACACCAAUAAAGAAGCUGGUCAAAACUUUCACAUAAGGUAUCAAAUCAAAUUGUAAUGUAACAACUAGAAGUUAUUAAAAAAUGAAUAUGACAUGUUUUUUAUGUAGAAAACCAUUACAUUUCGUUUAAAUGCGUUCAGUUACAAUAAUUCAGGUUGUAAUUUAUUUGUUCGUGUAAUUAGAGAGCUCAUAUAAUGGAAUGAUAUUGUUAAUGUUAAUGCGAAAGUUCUGUUGUUGAUCUUUUUUUUACAGCAGAUAGUAAAUUAGCAACAUAAAAUGCGCGCCAAAACAGAGCCAUCUGAAUUCGACGCGCGGUGAUCGAGGCUUGUCGCUUCAACGUUGAGAAAGCACUUAAUUGUAAAUCGUGAUAAGUGCCAAACGCCGGACCUGCACUAAUAUCGAAGUAUACCUAUUUGUAGAAUAAGAUUUUUCAAUUUUACAAAAUGUUCAGUUGGUCAAAAGUUAUUAGCAUCGGAAGUUAGUAAAAAUGGUCGAUAGACCUUAUCUUCUUAUAAUGGGCCAUAUUUGCAGAAAAAAAUUGUCAGAAGCGUAAAAGCCAUUUGUUCAUAAUACAUAAUACAUAAAAAUACCACUGUUUUAUCCUUGGCCCUAUGAUUGCACAAAGUAACAUUGACCGCUCCCGGACUAUAAUCUUUCUGUCACAUGUCGUUUAUGGUCAUCAAGAGAAGUUCUUCAGACUUCUUAGCUGAAAUGGUUAUAAAUCUUUUGGAUUGUCUUAGGCCUGGAAUGUUUCUACAGUAAGGCUCUAUUCUUUUGCUAUGCGUUCAGUUACUUUGUUAUUAUUAGCUAGUGCUUCCAGUAUUUGAUUACAACCCCACACUAGUAUGAAUUAAUGACAAAGAUUUAUGGUGUUACCAAUCUUUGUCAAACCGCCCUCGUGAAAUAAUAGUAAAAAAGGUGAACAGAAAUGAGAGUUACGAUCAAAUAUGAAAUUAACCAUAACCUAUAUUAGUUUUUCUUAUUUUUUACUAAUUUUUAAUUCAACAUGUGUGUAAUUGUCAAUUUUUUUUUGCAACGGUGGCUAGAGAGGCUAGAAAGACAUAUUAUACGAGUAAAUGUACUAAUUGGAAAAAAUGUAACUCACCUUUUUGAAAAAUUAUGACUUGUAUUGUUCAUUGUAGAUAAGACUGUUUAAUAUAUUUAUAACAAUUAUUGUAGUGAAAGUAGAAUAGUAUAAGACAAUAAAACGAAUUUUCAAAA